UCGUGCCCGCCGCCGGCAGCGGUGUCCGCCGCCAUGAGCGCAGGGCAGGCCGCUGGGGAGGCAGCCGAUGACUCCGCGCCCUCAGCGCUGCCCAGGGUUCUCUCAGCCCUCUUCUACGGGACGUGCUCCUUCCUCAUCGUGCUGGUCAACAAGGCCCUGCUCAGCGCCUACAGCUUCCCAUCACCAAUGUUCCUUGGAAUUGGACAGAUGGCAGCCACUAUACUUAUCUUGUAUGUGUCAAAAUUAAAUAAGUUGGUUCACUUCCCUGAUUUUGACAAAAGUAUACCUGUGAAGUUGUUUCCUCUGCCUCUGAUUUAUGUUGGAAACCACAUAAGUGGAUUAUCAAGUACCAGCAAACUCAGUUUGCCAAUGUUUACAGUGCUCAGGAAGUUUACCAUUCCACUUACUUUACUGCUGGAAAUCAUCAUACUUGGGAAACGAUACUCACUAAGUAUCAUCAUCAGUGUAUUUGCCAUCAUUCUUGGGGCUUUCAUAGCAGCUGGGUCUGACCUGUUGUUUAAUCUGGAGGGCUACAUGUUCGUAUUGCUAAAUGAUAUCUUCACAGCAGCAAAUGGAGUUUACACAAAGCAGAAAAUUGAUCCAAAGGAGUUGGGAAAAUAUGGGGUCCUUUUCUAUAAUGCCUGUUUCAUGGUGGUUCCAACAGUUAUUAUUAGCUUUUCUACUGGAGACUUUCAACAGGCUACACAUUUCCAGCACUGGACAAAUUUUUUAUUUGUCUUUCAAUUUCUUCUUUCCUGCUUUUUGGGGUUUCUGUUGAUGUAUUCUACUGUCCUUUGCAGUCAUUACAAUUCUGCACUCACAACAACAGUAGUUGGUGCCAUCAAGAAUAUAUCCAUUGCUUACAUUGGAAUGUUGAUUGGUGGAGAUUACAUAUUCUCUCUGCUAAACUUUAUAGGGCUAAAUAUUUGUAUGGCAGGAGGACUGAGAUACUCAUUUUUAACCUUAAGAGGAGCCAGCAAGCCUACACAACCUGAGGGUGAAGAGAAUACACUUCCAGAGUCAAGGAUUAGCUGAAAUGCCUGCCUUGAAGGAGACUGAAGAUGCAAGUUUGCUUAGCAUUGCUGAGAAUUAGAAUAAGAAUAUAUUGGAACGUAUUUGAAACAGGAAAAAAUAAAUCUACCUCGAUUGGCAUGGUUGUGCAUACAGCUCAUUGGUUGAAAAAUAUUCUGGCACACCAUGAUUUUUACAUGUGGACAAGUUUAGUUUUAGCUUUUUUUUUUAUAUGUAUAUGUACCACAAUCAAAUUCAUAGGAAGGAAUGCCAUGAGCAAAUCUCAAGUGGUGAAUUUCUUAAUUUACCUGUGCUUUGGUGCUAUUUGUUCUGCUUCUGUGUCUGCCAGUACACUCUGAGGCAAAACUGCCUGUAAAGAUUAUGAGGCUUGAUUUGCCCUUGCCUUAUGCAAUUUGCAGUCUUAAAUAUUAGUGAACGGAUGAAUGGAUGAAAGAUGCUAGUGAUCCAGAAUGAUUUUGCUCUUGUGCAAGUGACUGUAGAAAAUAUGGCACUAAGAGAAUAUAUGCCCCAAGACUGUCCCCUGUGUGUUGACUGAAGAAUUCAGGAUAUGGCUUAGUGCGUUGUUUAGGCAUUCUGUCUUAAUCUUUUCCUCACCCUCAGUAACAUCAUCAUGUUCUGCUGCAAUUGUCACUGUUACAAGUGAACCCUCAUAACUCUGCUGCAGGAUCAAGGAGAGAAGGAUAUUGAGAGAAGAUUUUUAUUUAGGCAUAUUCAUCUUUUUAUUGUGCUAUCUCCUCUUUUUGAUGCUGCAGAAAAGUGACACUACUAUAUACAAACUAUAUAGGGGAAACUGAUUGAUAUAUGGAAAGCCAACUUGUGUUUAAAUGAGGAGAAAGGGUUAGUGUCUUGUUGUGUCUUAUACAUGCAGUAAGAGCUUAUCUGGUACUAGUUUGUGCUUACAAUUCAGAAUAAGAAAUCAUAACAAACUCAAGGGUUUGCUACAAUGGGUAAGGCUGGUCCAGAAGUUUAAAAAAAAAAAGUCUGGAAUCUGUUUGGGUUAUGAUCUGGGACAAUAACGGCACUGCUCUGUAUCUUUAUUUCCUUCUCUGAAAGUACGGUUGAUAAUGAUUACCUGUGUCUCAUGAGGUUAUAGUGUUAAUCUUUGAAAACACCAUAGAAGCAUUAUAGCACUGGAGGACAGCAGAAUAAUUAAUCUUGUUGAAGUUUUCAACUCCCUGCAAGCAUGAGCCAAGAUUUUUAAAAAUAAUCAAAUCAAAAGAAGAUUUAGGAAGACCAUGACAUAGAACCAGGGUGAUCUAAUGACUUGUUUUAUCCUUGCUUGAAUUAAAAUACAGCUAAAUCUGUAAAGCAUUACUUUGUGUGUAACACAUGAAUUAUGAGGUCUAAGAAACGUGAGAAGCUCAGACCAGAAGUUUCAGGGAAUGACUGGGCUGUCCACUGCUUGUGUGGAUUUGAAUGGCAAGAGGAGGAGUCACUGCAAGUAAUAGAAGUGGAAUUUAAGGACAAAUCAAAGUACAAAGAGAAGUCUGGACUAAUCAGUUUUUCACAGCUGGCUAAGAGACGUGACUUCAAGUUUUAACCCGUUGAGCUGGAAAGCGAAGGGGUUGCUGCAGAUAUUGUAGAGAGAUCUUUUGUUUUUAAAGAUUUCCUUUAUCCUUACAAAGCCUUUUGUAUUUUUCAGUGCAUUCUUUUGUGGGAUUGCUCUUUCCUUCAGAUCAUCUCUACCUCCAGAAUCCUGAUUAUUGAACCUCAUCUCUGCAAUGGGACAAGGCAUUGGAAGGUUCUCAUUAAUUAUGAAAAUGUUACAGAAGCCAUUUGAUGGCAAUUCGAAAGUACAAAUAAUGGCACCAGCUAAAUAAGGUGUGGUUCCCACAAAGGGAGAGCUAUUGUAGCCAUUUAGUUAAUAAUUAAUUUGCUGUACCUUUUAUAAAUAAAGAGAUACCAGUUGUAGUUUCAACAA